AUGGCAGAAGCAUCUAAUACUCUGAUAUCCUCCAAAUCCUCACACUCCAGUCUUCACGCCUUGCUACAUCCCCUCGUCCUGCUUAAUAUCUCCGAUCACAUCACACGGCAUACAGUUCGACAGCAGAAGGGAUUGAUAGUGGGUGCCAUACUCGGACAGCAGAAUGGAAGGUCCAUUACUCUAGAGCAUGUAUUCGAUUGCAACCUGGUCACCUCCGCCAGUGGAGAAGUGCUCCUACACCAGGAAUUCUUUAAUGAGCGAUUACAGCAGUUUAAGGAUGUUCACAAGUCACCAGCUCUAGACUUGGUUGGCUGGUUUACCGUCACACCUCCUUCCGGACCUCUACCGCCGCAGGUUUCCAUUCACGAGCAGAUACUCCGCGAUUAUAAUGAAGCUGCGAUUCUCCUUGCAUUCCACUCCUCAGAUGUUGAAAAUACGUCUUCAACAGUUGGGAAGCUUCCCAUAUCCGUCUACGAAUCUGUUUAUGAAGGGGACACUGCUGAUGAUGGUGACCGACCCAUGCAAGGAGAUGACCAACAGCGAACUUUGACGUUGAAGUUUAGGCCUGUGCCAUAUUCAAUCGAGACAGGAGAAGCCGAGAUGAUAAGCGUUGAUUCAAUUGCUACCGGGGGUGGCAAUGCAACUGCAAUCCUGGAUAAAGAGUCAAGCAAGACAAAGACCGAGUCUCAGACCCAGGAUAAAGAGAAACGACAAAAGAUAUCAGAACCUGCGGAAGAUCUCGUUCUUUCCCCUGAGGAUGAGGAUUUAAUUGCAAAUCUUACAACAAGGCUAAGUGCUGUCAAAACAUUACAGUCUCGCAUACAUCUCAUAAAACGCUAUCUCCAGUCGAUUGCAGAAGACUCGAGCGCUGAUACUUCCAUGGCACCACAAUCUACUCCCAAGCCAACACUUUCCCACUCCCUCCUUCGCAGUAUUCACUGCGUCAUCUCCCACCUUUCCCUGCUGACUCCAGAGAAUUCGAAUGCGUUUUCAAUAGAGUCCCUAGCUCAAGCAAAUGAUGUUCUGCUUACCGCGUUGCUGGGUUCCAUGGGCCAGAACAUUUCUCAGAUGCGGGAAUUAGGAAAGAAAUUCGCUGUCUCUGAAUUAACGGCCCGCAACAUUGUUAAGGAAUCUCAACUUUCGAGUCGCAUGGGUGGGGAUUUGUUCCAUACCUAG